AUGGACGCUUUAAAAUUGCUGAUGAACCUGCAACAACGAAUUGAUAAGACCAUCUCAGCCAUUGAUGCCAUCGCAGAUUUCCUGCCCGGCGUUAUUAUCAUUCACAAUAUCCCGGAUGGUUCUGCACUCAAAGCCGGUUACCACAGCAAGUACUUCAAUCCCAACGAAUCCGCAGAAUAUGUGCCCGGCAUGCUGGCAUUGCUGGAACGCAAUGAUCUCAACGAGGCCUAUACCUUCUUCCAGCAAUCCCGCCAAUCUGACGAGCAGCCCUGGAACUGGUAUCUCAGCUCCAUCAAAGUACUUUUACAGGAUGAUGAUGGCACUCCGGUGCUUGCCAUUACUAUUGCCCAGAAUAUUGACCCGCUGCAUCACCUGACCAGCCUUCGACCUGAUAUAACCGCACGAAGGAAAACGGUAGUUAUGCGCAUAGUGAUUCAAAGAGUAUCCUCCGCCAGUGUCCUGAUCGAUGGCAGCAUUAAAGGAGCCAUCGGGCAGGGACUGAUGAUCUUACUGGGUAUUGAAACAGAAGAUACUGCUGAAGACAUGGAAUGGCUGAGCCAAAAGAUCGUACAGCUGCGUAUCUUUUCAGAUGAAGCCGGCCAGAUGAACCAUGAUCUUAAAACGGUUGAUGGACAGAUCCUGCUGAUCAGCCAGUUUACCCUUCAUGCCGCCUGUAAAAAAGGCAACCGCCCCUCUUUCAUUAAAGCCGCCAGGCCGGAACAGGCAAUACCGCUCUAUGAGCAGAUGAUUGCCCGGCUCUCCGUUUUGCUCGGCAAACCAAUAGAGACAGGUACCUUUGGCGCUGAUAUGAAGGUAAGCCUCACCAACGACGGACCGGUAACCAUUAUCAUGGAUUCUAAAAACCGGGAAUAG